CGGGAUCUGAGCGAGCGCCGGGGCCAGCGGAGCCGGAGCCUCCGGGACAUGGUUACAGAUCUGACUCCUGCUGAGCACCUCGCCGUGUCUCCAUCCCUGGGACUCUGAACCUACCAGCCGGACAACUUUCUUCUCUCGGGAUUUUGGGUGUGUGAGCUUCUCACCUUCUCCUUGUCCCUUUGCGCCUCCACCCUCCUGAGCGCUCCUAUGACUGUGGGAUUGUCAUGGAGACCAGAGAAAUCUUAAGCAGCUCCCGGCAAAGAGGGGGCGAGUCGGAAUUCCUGCCAGCGUCCUCAGCUAAGCCCCUGGCAGCCCCCAGCUGUGCAGGGGAACCUCUGCUUUCUGCUCCAGGACCUGGGAAAGGGAUCCCGGUGGGUGGAGAACGCAUGGAGCCAGAGGAGGAGGACGAACUGGGCUCGGGGCAUGAUGUGGAUUCCAACUCCAAUGCGGACAGUGAGAAGUGGGUGGCAGGAGAUGGCCUGGAGGAACAGGAGUUUUCUAUCAAGGAAGCGAACUUCAGUGAGGGGAGUCUGAAGCUGAAGAUUCAGACCACAAAGCGGGCCAAGAAACCCCCAAAGAACCUGGAGAACUAUAUCUGCCCACCUGAGAUCAAGAUCACCAUCAAGCAGUCUGGAGAGCCGAAGCUGUCCCGGACUGGGAAAAAUAACAAAGCUACAAAGGAGGAGGAAAGAAGUCACUCCAAAAAGAAGCUUCUCGCAGCCAGUGACCUUGCAGCCAGUGACCUCAAAGGAUUUCAGCCACAGGCUUAUGAGCGGCCACAGAAACACUCAACUCUCCAUUAUGAGCCAGGCCUCCCACAGGACUUCACCGGUGACACCUUAAAACCAAAGCACCAGCAAAAAAGCAGCAGCCAGAACCAUGUGGACUGGUCCCCCACCUCCGACAGUGGACCCACCAAUCAGAAUUGCUUCAUCAGUUCAGACUCGGGCCGAGAACCUCCAAGCACCAGCAAGAUCCCAGCUCUUGAGCCCAUGACUUCCUUUGCAAAGUCCCAGGGGAAGAAAGGCAGCGCAGGGAGCACGUGGAGCCAGCUGUCCAGCAGUGGCAAAGAUCUGCUUUUGGGAGGCGUUGUUCCAUCGCCAGGCAGCCACAGCUCACCAGCCCCACCCAGCAGCUCUGCAGAGUGCAGCGGGCAUCAGCCCUUGGGGGACCCAGAUGGAGGCGGGACGAAAGACCCCCCAGAACCACCUACUCUCAGCAGCAAGAAAAAGUCCAGCAAGAAAGACGUGAUGAGUCAGAUCCUACCAACCACAGACCUAGACUGGGUCAAGAAUGGUCAGAAAGCAUUUGACACCGCCGAGGGGAAGAGGGAAGGCUUCCCCACCGAUCAUGCCCAAGAGGCGUCACCAGCGAGGCAGAGCAUGAGUUCUGUCAGUAAUCCUGAGAGUGAGUCCAGUCAUGUCCGCAUUACCAUUCCCAUCAAGGCUCCCUCGUUAGACCCAGCCAGCCAUAAGAAGAAAAAGAGACAGUCCAUCAAAGCAGUGGUAGAAAAGAUGAUCCCCGAGAAAGCCCUGGUUUCUGGAAUGUCGAUGAGCAGUGAAGUCGUUAGCAGGAUUCUUUCCAGCCCCGAGGGCAGUAAGAAAGAUCCUCGCAUCCCAAAGUUGAGUAAAAUGAUCGAGAGCGCGUCUCCUGCUUCACUGGGCCUGGAGACUGGUGGAAAUGCCGAGAAAGGGGUGGUCUCGGGCGGUGUGCCUAAGCAGAAGAAGCCGCCCAUGGUCCUGACGGCGCCAACGUGCACAGAUCUCGCUCCCUCGAGAAAGCUGCCAGAACUGCAGCAUCCCAAAUUUGCUGCAAAACGGAGGUGGACGUGCAGCAAACCCAAGGCCACCAGUCUGCUCCGGGAGGCCGUCAUGGUCACGUCGGACAAGCUGAUGGUGGAACCCCCGUCUGCCUACCCCAUCACCCCAUCCAGCCCUCUGUACACCAACACAGACAGUCUGACUGUGAUCACGCCGGUCAAGAAGAAAAGGGGACGGCCGAAGAAGCAGCCUUUGCUCACCGUGGAGACAAUUCACGAGGGCACGUCCACGAGUCCCGUGAGUCCCAUCAGCCGGGAGUUUCCUGGCACCAAGAAACGAAAGAGACGGCGCAAUUUAGCUAAGUUGGCCCAACUGGUGCCCGGAGAGGACAAGCCCAUGAGUGAGAUGAAAUUCCACAAAAAGGUUGGAAAGCUGGGUGUGUUGGAUAAGAAGACCAUCAAGACGAUCAAUAAGAUGAAGACCCUCAAGAGAAAAAAUAUCUUGAACCAGAUCUUGUCCUGCUCCAGCCACAUAGCUCUGAAAGCCAAAACACCCCCUGAGACCAGUCCGGCCGGGGCAGCGGCGAUCGAGAGCAAACUGGGCAAGCAGAUUAACGUCAGUAAGAGAGGAACCAUCUACAUCGGCAAGAAGAGAGGCAGGAAGCCCAGAGCAGAGCUGCCACCCCCAUCGGAGGAACCCAAAACAGCCAUCAAGCACCCGAGGCCUAUCUCCAGCCAGCCGGACAUUCCAGCCGUGCCUUCCAACUUUCAGUCCCUUGUGGCGUCUUCACCAGCAGCUAUGCACCCACUCGCAGCCCAGUUGGGUGGGUCCAAUGGCAACCUGAGCCCAGCCAGCACCGAAACCAAUUUUUCCGAGUUGAAAACUAUGCCAAAUCUCCAGCCCAUCAGUGCUCUUCCAACCAAAAUGCAAAAAGGAAUUCACAGUGGAACCUGGAAGCUGUCCCCGCCCCGGCUGAUGGCCAACUCGCCUUCCCACCUGUGCGAGCUCGGGUCCCUCAAGGAAAUCACUCUGUCCCCCGUGAGCGAGUCGCACAGCGAGGAGACCAUCCCGAGCGACAGCGGCAUCGGGACGGACAACAACAGCACAUCCGACCAAGCGGAGAAGAGCUCCGAAUCCCGGAGGCGGUACUCUUUUGACUUCUGCGCCCUGGACAACCCGGAGGCCAUCCCGUCCGACACCAGCACAAAAACCCGGCAUGGCCACCGGCAGAAGCAUCUCCUCGUGGACAACUUCCUGGCCCACGAGAGCCUCAAGAAGCCAAAGCACAAACGGAAGCGGAAAAGCCUGCAGAAGCGCGACGACCUGCAGUUCCUGGCCGACCUGGAGGAGCUCAUCAGCAAGUUCCAGGUGUUCCGGAUCUCCCACCGGAGCUACACCUUCUACCACGAGAACCCGUACCCCAGCAUUUUCCGGAUCAACUUCGAUCACUGCUACCCGGUGCCAUACAUCCAAUAUGACCCGUUGCUCUAUCUUCGCAGGACGUCGGAUUUGAAGUCCAAGAAGAAGCGUGGUAGGCCCGCGAAAACCAAUGACACCAUGACAAAGGUGCCUUUUUUACAAGGGUUCAGCUACCCUAUUCCCAGUGGGAGUUACUAUGCACCCUAUGGAAUGCCUUACACAUCAUUGCCUAUGAUGAACCUCGGUUACUACGGUCAGUACCCAGCGCCUCUCUACCUGUCGCACACGCUGGGGGCGGCUUCCCCGUUCAUGAGGCCCACGGUGCCGCCGCCGCAGUUCCACACGGGCUCCCACCUGAAGAUGUCUGGCACGGCGAAGCAUAAAGCAAAGCAUGCAGUCCACCUGCAGGGGCCUGUGGGCAUGGGCCUCGGGGACAUGCAGGCAUCCCUGAAUCCGCCCAAGGUGGGCAGCGCCGGUCUGUCCGGCGGCCGGCUCCACAAGAGGAAACACAAACACAAGCAUAAGCACAAGGAAGACCGGCUCCUGGGCGCCCACGACAACCUGAGCGGUCUAUUCGCAGGCAAAGCCGCGGGCUUCUCCAGCCACCUCCUGAGCGAGCGGCUGAGCGGCGCAGACAAAGAGCUCCCGCUGGUGAGCGAGAAGAGCAAGCAUAAAGAGAAGCAGAAGCACCCGCACAGUGACGCCAGCCACAAAACGGCUAAAAGCAACUUCGAGGUGGACACCCUGUCCACGCUGUCCCUCUCGGAUGCCCAGCAUUGGACGCAGCCCAAGGACAAAGGUGACUUGAGUGGUGAGCCUGCGGACUCCUGCCCAAAGCGCUACUCGGGCGGCAGUGGGGAUGGUGGCAGUGCAAGAUCAGAGAGCCUGGAUGUGUUUGGUGAGAUGAACCCUGCCAGUGACAAGUGGGACGGCGAGGUGAGCGGGAGUAAAAGGAGGCCCUACGAAGGCUUUGGGACCUACAGGGAGAAGGACCUCCAGGCCUUCAAGAUGAGUCGCAAGGACAGAAGUUCGUAUGAGUCCUCCAUGUCUCCAGGGAUGCCAAGUCCCCACUUAAAAGUGGACCAGCCCUCAGUGCAUAGUAAGAACGAGGGCUCCAUGUCCACGGUGAUGACCAGGAAGAAGCCGGCCACAGUGGACAGCGUUGCCCUUGCGCCCAGCCCAGUGUUAUCGCUCCUGGCUGCAUCUGCAGCAACUUCAGACGCAGCUAGCUCCACCCUGAAGAAGCGGUUCAAGCGGCGGGAGAUUGAAGCCAUCCAGUGCGAGGUACGGAAGAUGUGCAACUACACCAAGAUCCUGUCCACCAAGAAGAACUUGGACCACGUGAACAAGAUCCUGAAGGCCAAGCGGCUGCAGAGACAAUCAAAGACAGGCAACAAUUUUGUCAAGAAGAGGAGAGGGCGUCCCCGGAAGCAGCCUACCCCGUUUGAUGAGGACUCCAGAGACCAAAUGCCGGUGCUGGAAAAAUGCAUCGACCUCCCCAGCAAAAGGGGCCAGAAACCCACCCUGAGCCCACUAGUGUUGGAGCCAGCCACCAGCCAAGACACCAUCAUGGCCACUAUCGAAGCGGUCAUCCACAUGGCCCGGGAGGCCCCACCCCUUCCCCCACCACUGCCCCCACCGUUUACCCCACCCCCACCUCCUCCACCCCCACCCCCUCCUCUGCCCAAGACCCCGAGGGGUGGGAAGAGGAAACAUAAACCCCAGCCUCCUGCUCAGCCCCUGCAGCAGCCACCCGCCCAGCAGCCACUUCCCCAGGAAGAGGAGGUGAAGGUCAAAAGGCUGAGGAAGUCCCGAGCAAGUGAGAGUGAAGUCCUUCCAUAGGGCGCAUCUGGGCGGACGAACCUGGGGCAGAAGGGACUGACACAUCGCAGUGCAGCGAGCUGGGCUGAGGGCAGAUUCCCCACGGCAGGGACACCAAGGUCCACCUCUCCUGAAGCUGGGCAGGCAGAAUCAAUCGGUCCAGAUAACGGGCUGAGCCAUCGGGAGCUCAUGGGAAAGCAAAGGAGGAGGACACCUUCCAAAGAAGCUUGUCUGUGCUUUCCAGCGGUUCCCAACAGAGCAGCUCUGCAGUCCUGCUGAGGCGCUUUGCAGGCGAGUGGAAGACCCACCCAGGAGAGCGCCAAUGGUCCCGCCACCGCCACCUGAGCGGCAGCAUCCAAGGUGCGCAUGUGACCCCACUUCAUUGGCUGGCCAGGAAACCCCUAAAGGGAGAGGCACUCCAUCAAGAAACAUUCCAAGGGGAGAAGAGGUGCAAAUUCCCCCACUGGCUUUGUGGUCACCCACUUCCACGUCAUGGCUUUUUAUUUCAUUUGGUUUCAUAUCUCUGCUAGGCAUUGGGACACCUAUGUCCUCUACCAGUGACUGGGAUCUUUAUGUCAACAGUAUAGUCUCUUAGGCAGGAUUACAUCACCGGGAGAUGGAAUGCCAGUGACCAACAUCCAUACCCCUGCGUCCACAUCCGUCUGUGUGAUUCUUCUACCGCGCAUACACCAGUCCUCAACAUCGCCCUUCCCUUCGCUCAUUGUACUGCCACCUCCCUUUUCAUUAACUUACCUGCUGCCUUCCUUUUCAUGGUCCACGUCUGCCUGAGGGACACCUGCCCUUCCUGCCUGUGUUGGAAAGUGCCCCCUUGGUGCUCUGGUCCAAGGUCCCUGGCUUUGAAUCUUGACCAGGGGGCAAGAGAUGCUCAAUAUUGGGAGAAGCUUUUUAGAAAGUGAUCAGAGCAGCUGGGGACCUUGUUGACCCAGGUGAUAUUUAUACUUCAGGCCUAUCAGCCGAGAGCAGGGAAGGUUUUCAUAUCCCACAGUAAAUGGAAUAACUGACAAAUCACCAAAAACUGAAACCCCAGACCCGCCAGGAUGGCAAGUGUCCAUCAUUGCCUUGGUAUAUGAUUUUUUAAAAAAUACUAGUAACUCUUGGAGAUCAUUGAUAAAAGGAAACAAAAGGACAACAGAAGUCCAUUCUAUCUUAAUCAUUCUUUCUUAAAAGCAAAUGGGAGUAAGUGUUCUUAACUUAAAAAAAAUACAAGUAGGAAAAUUCUCAAAGGGUAUCACCACUCCAAUUUUGUCAAGCCACCUUGGACAGAGACUCCAAACUGUGGUUGCCUUAAUAAACGAAAACAUUUUUGUACAUAAUGUAAUUAUAAGUCUAUCAGUCUGCAUGGAUGCAAACUGUGUGUGACAAAUCAUCUUUUAAAUGGUCAAUUUCAACUGUAUAUUUCUCAUCCAAGUUGGACUCUAGCCAUUGGUUUAGCGUGGACAGAUAUUCAAUCUCCUUGAUCCAUUGUCACAGCCCAAGUUGUUUUUUAAGAUUAUUACCAAGAUUCAAAAUGAAUAUGAAGUUAUUCCAUUGCCAUAGAUGUUUCUUCCCACCACCCAAAAGUCAGAUGUGGAAAUUUCAAAUAAGCAUUUUCAGUUUCCUCCUUCACUGUCCUCCCCUUACCUCCCCCAAGACAUCAGACAGCUGGCAUAGGCGAGUAUAAAAAGAGAAACACUGAGAGAGAGAAAUACAUUUUCUAAUGGGAAUUAGAAUAUCAGGUUUAUCUCCAAAUUAAGUUUCUUAAGAGGAAGUUGGGACUGGCUGGAAAUGGUAUUAUCACUUCAGAACACAACAUUAUUUCCUUGUAGAGAGAUGGCUUUUUGUAUAGGAAUGUAGAGAAGGAGGGAUGAGGUAUCCGUGGGACUAAUUUUUUUAAAGCCCAGUUAAUAUGCUUGCUAACAUCGCUGUCCUAUCCCAGCCCCAAAGGAGGGUUCAAAUUACCAGAGUCAUCCUGCUCGGACUUGUCCCCAUAGACAUGCCACCACCGUCUGCUGCCUACUAGGUCAGUCACACCUCAUCGCAGCAAUAUGUGCGUGGAAAGGCCUGCAUCCUCCAGGACACUAAAGCUUCUAUCCUAGAGGCUCUGUUUCUGACCUGGAGUGACCUUGCCCAUUUCACACAAGUUGAACAGCAAAUUCAAAGUGGCCACUUUCCAUUUGUCAUUCCCAAGCCGUGUUGGAACGUCUCCUAAAUCACCCUAGGAAGGCUUCACUCAAUCCCUGCUCACCCCACCACUGCUGUGAACGAGCGCCCAGUUCACUCCAGUUAAGGCAGAUAGCAGGUUCUCUGGCUGUGGGAGGUUGAUACUCAGGCAUCUUCCUUGCAUCCUGCUUUUUUCCCUGGUCAUACUGUCACCUCCCAGCAAGGCUGGGAGCAGGGAACGCAUCCUGCCCAGCACAGUGCUCUCGCUCAGGUCUGCCAAGCUUCCUAAACAGGGAAGCAAAGUUUUAUUGGCAUGAACCUCUAAUAGGUGAGAAAUUCCAAAUACCUUCGGGAUGAUUUCCCUUAUUCUCACUGCCUUUGAAUCGAUUCUGACUCACAGCAGCCCUUUAGGACAGGAUAGAACUGCCCUCUGUG